ACGGCCACGGGAGCACUUACCAACAUUCCUAUGGUCCGCCGUCAGCAGGAGGUGGCGAAGGAGCGGGAAGAGGAGUCGUUGGAGGCGGAAGAGCAGCCAUUCGUUCCAAGGCAGUAUCCGUACUACAACGUCACCGAUCCAGGAGUUGUGUAUCCGCCUUCACGGCCCUUGUACCCGGUCACGCAACGCCCGACAUGCGGCAUAGGUGAGGUUUAUUCUGAGUGUGGAUCAUGCGAAGAGACCUGCGAAUCAGUCAGGUUUGGUCAAACGCUACCUUGCCCUUUUUGUACAGCCGGCUGCUUCUGCGCUAAGGGCUUCGUGAGGGCCACCUCUGGAACAUGCGUGAGACUUGAAGAAUGUCAAGGCAAGUGA